AGCCAGAAGAAGUCGGCCAUUUUCCACUCCUCUCUCUCUCUCUCUCUCUCUCUCAUCUUUCUCUCUCUAGAAGCAAGCAAGAAAAAGAGUACAAGGAACAAAUACUCUUGAGUCUUUCUCUCUCUACAAUCAAUCAAUCAAUUAAUCAAUCAAAAUGGAUUUGGAGAGCGUGGGUGGAUUGGCGAUGCACGUAAUCCUGUCAAAAUUGAGCCCUAAAGAAGUAGCCUCGGUUGCCUGCCUCAGCAAACAAUUUAGGGUUUGGGCUUCUGAAGACUCAAUUUGGGCCCUAUUUUGCUCCCACGAUCUCAAUCUUUCUUCUCCAAUCGAUCCUUCCGGAAAUCCCACCUCUUCUUUCAAGGCAGCGUAUCUAGCAUGGAGAGAAGCAUUCUCCAUGUACCCAUGGCCGCUCGUCAUGCGCGUGAACACGUGUUGGAGCAAGCUCAAGAAAUGGCUGUCGGAGAAUUUUCCGGAAUCUUUACCCACCCUACGGAAGGGUGCUUCCGAAUCCGAGAUUGAGAAUUUCGAAAAGUCUUUGAAAGUCAAACUCCCUCUCCCCACAAGGGUCCUUUACCGAUUCUGCGACGGUCAAAACCCUCAAGAAGUACCUCAAGAGGAUACGGGAUACUUACCGUCAAGUCUGCUGGGAAUUAUCGGCGGCUACACGUUAUACGACCACAUUGUGAACGUGUUCUUGUUGCCCUUGAGACAAGUGAUGCACGACACGAGGGCUGUUAUGAGUCGGCUCGGGUUCGGGAGUAGGCCCAAGUAUAUCGUAGUGGCGGCUUCGGCUACGUUUACUUAUAGCGAGAAGAUGUUUUUCUUGAACUGUGGAAGCGGUCAGGUUUUUGUGGGUACGAGGAAUCUUGUCUCGGAUGGAGAAAUGAUGCCUUGUGUGCCGGGUGAGUUGAUCGGGUCGAGAGGCGUUGACCAGGAGCAUGACGGUAUGCUUUUGUGGCUUGAAGAACAUGCUCGUCGGUUGGAAGAUGGUGUUGUUAAAGUACGCACCCAAGAAAAAGUUAGAAGCGUUAAUCUUUUUCCGGAGAACUUGCCGCUUUGCUCCUCUACUGUAACAAACGGUGUUAAGGUUCGUGCUUCAGCUGCAUUUGUGCCCGAGUUCAGUAACCUUCAAAACGAAACGGAGAAGUAUUUGUUUGCUUAUUCCGUAAGACUGUCACUUUCGACCAAUGGAUGUGUAGUGAGUGGUGUGAAGUACAACUCGUGCCAAUUAUAUUGGAGACAUUGGCUUAUACGCGCUAAUGAUGAUGUCGUUGAUGAUGUAAACGGAGAAGCUGUCAUAGGAAAGGUUUGUUUUCUUUUCCAGUUUAUUUCUUAAUCUUUCAAUAUAUGAUAAAU